UGCACACUAGACAGACGCACAUCCAGAGACAUGGCUCCGUGAGACGGCACAUGGCGGCCAGCAGCCAUGAACCAAAAAACAACUCACCAAAAACAGUUAAUGCAUUGGUAGCAACUUGAUUUCGUUUAUUUUGGAUCUAACUAUUCAAACUACUGCAAUAUCCAUACAACUGGUUUACUGACAACGGAAGAGGUGCAUUGUAACCCCCUGUUUUCUUCUGCUUUUACGCGUCUACACUUUUAAAGUCGUUUUAAUAGCAAUUUCUCAUUUGAAUACAAUCAUGGGUGUGCAAGGUUUCCAAGAAUACAUUGAAAAGCAUUGCCCAAAUGCUGUGGUGCCGGUGGAGCUUCAGAAGCUAGCUCGGGGGAGCCUGGUUGGAGGUGGCAGACAGAGACCACCUCAAAGUCCGCUGAGGUUGCUUGUGGAUGCUGAAAAUUGUCUACACCGGCUCUAUGGUGGGUUUUACACCGACUGGGUGAGCGGAGGCCAGUGGAACCACAUGCUCGGUUACCUGGCUGCUUUAGCCAAGGCCUGCUUCAACGGCAACAUUGAGCUCCUGGUAUGCUUCAAUGGCGCCCUGGAGAAAGACCGUCUUCACGAAUGGGUCAAACGACAGGUGAACGAAAGACAGACAGCGCAGCAGAUUGUCAGCCACGUCCAGAAUAAGGGAACUCCACCACCGAAGGUCUGGUUUCUCCCCCCCGUAUGCAUGGCCCACUGCAUCCGACUGGCACUCCUCAGGUUCCACAUCGGGGUUGUCCAGAGCAUUGAAGACCACCACCUGGAAGUGAUCACCUUAUGCAGGGAGAAUGGGUUCCAUGGCCUAGUGGCCUAUGAUUCUGACUAUGCCCUGUGCAACAUCCCCUACUACUUCAGUGCCCAUGCCCUCAAACUGAGUCGCAACGGCAAAAGCCUCACCACCAGCCAGUACUUGAUGCACGAAGUGGCAAAGCAGCUUGAUUUGAAUCCGAAUCGAUUUGUCAUCUUUGCAUCACUUUUAGGUAAUCACAUACUGCCUGAUGAAGACUUGGCUGCCUUUCACUGGAGUUUACUUGGUCCAGAGCAUCCAUUAGCAUCGUUGAAGGUGCGUGCCCACCAACUUGUGCUCCCCCCUUGUGAUGUGGUGAUCAAAGCGGUGGCUGAGUAUGUCCGCAACAUGCAAGACAUGACUGACCUGGAAGCCAUAGCAAAGGACAUUUUCAAGCAUUCACAGUCAAGAACAGAUGACAAAGUUGUCCGCUUCAAGAAGGCAGUGGAGUACUACUCUGCAGCCAGCAAACCCCCUCAGUUCUCUCCUUAUUUAGUCAGACCAAAUCAGAUCGGAGUGCCUGCAACAGUGCCACAAUAUGCACCUCCACAAAUGCUCAACAUUCCACAGGCUCACUUGCUCGUGAAACCUGGGGCUCAACAUGCCUACCCAACCCCAUUGGUGGAGCCUGCCCUAGCUUUGGACUCAGUGGAGAAAGGCCUCCCAGAUCAGAACAGCUUCAGCAUCAUUCCUCAUGAAGGGAAGCACACACCGUUGUAUGAGAGGUCCUCUCCCAUCAACCCCACUAUGGGCAGCAGCCCCAACAACAGUGACCCUGCGUUCUUCAACACCUCCUCCACUUCCUCCUCUUCUGAGAAUGAGGAGAGCACAGGCACCACUGCCAAUCAUGUAAGUGACCAUAAAGGAGAAUGGGACAAAUCUGCAAAUGAAUCUGAGAACACAGUAGUGGGUGACCUGGGGGACCAAACAAGUGCUGACCUCAAGCUGACCUCCCACAUUAGUCCAGGGUUGGAGGUGGGGGGUCAUCAUAGCCUCAGUGCCCAGAUUCCAUCCCUUCUUUCAAUGCCAACCAGGAACCACAUGGACAUCACUACCCCGCCUCUUCCUGUGGUGGCCCCAGAGGUGCUUCGGGUUGCUGAGCACAGGCACAAGAAGGGUCUCAUGUACCCUUACAUCUACCAUGUUCUCACCAAGGGUGAAAUUAAGAUAUCUGUCACCAUUGAGGAUGAAGCUAACAAAGACCUGCCUUCAGCGGUGCAGCUGUUUCGGCCUAUCCGCCAAUGUGUUUACGGAGUGCUCUUCAGUCUGGCGGAGGCUAAAAAGAAGGCCCAACGGGUAGCCAUGAAGAGAAACCGCCUCCCUGAGUAUCCUCCGGUGAUCGUCAAAGAGUGGGCAGCAUACAAGGGAAAGUCUCCCCAUACCCCAGAGCUGGUGGAGGCCCUGCCUUUCCGGGAGUGGACCUGCCCAAACUUGAAGAAGCUCUGGCUAGGGAAGGCCGUGGAGGACAAGAACCGCAGGAUGAGGGCCUUCCUGGCCUGCAUGCGCUCUGACACCCCGGCCAUGCUGAACCCUGCCAACGUUCCUACCCCCCUCAUGGUGCUCUGCUGUGUGCUCCGGUUUAUGUUACAAUGGCCAGGAGUAAGAAUUUUGCGUCGUAACGAACUUGACGCUUUCCUAGCCCAAGCACUUUCUCCUAAACUAUAUGAACCUGACCAGCUGCAGGAACUGAAGAUUGACAACCUGGACCCUCGAGGUAUCCAACUGUCUGCUCUGUUCAUGAGCGGGGUGGACAUGGCUCUGUUUGCCAAUGACGUGUGUGGCCAGCCCAUUCCAUGGGAGCAUUGCUGUCCAUGGAUGUAUUUUGAUGGCAAGCUGCUUCAGAGUAAACUUAUCAGAGCUAACCGGGACAAGGCCCCUCUCAUCGACCUCUGUGAUGGUCAGGCUGAGCUGGUUGCCAAGGUGGAGAAGAUGCGUCAGAGUAUCUUGGAGGGUCUGAACUUUACCCGCCCACCUCAUCCUCUUCCUUUUCCUCCCCCACCACCACCCCAUGGCAUGCCUUUCUACCCCCCUCCCAACUCCUUCUACCCCCCACCACCAAUGCUGCCGCCUCAGGGGCGAGGCAGAGGAAUGCCUGGACUUCAAGCCAUGUCCUCACAAGGUGGAAAGCUGGAGAUUGCUGGCACUGUAGUGGGCCAGUGGGCAGGGAGCCGCCGUGGGCGUGGCAGGGGUACAUUUCCCAUCCAGGUGGUGUCUGUUGGAGGAUCAAACAGAGGUCGCCCAAGAGGUGUGAUUUCCACUCCUGUCAUCAGGACUUUUGGUAGAGGAGCCAAAUACUAUGGCAGAGGCUUCAAGAGUCAGGGAACAUACCAGAACAAGCCUGCAUAUGCUUCAUCUGUGAAUGAGGUGGUGAAGGAGAGAAAUAAUCCCAAACCUGAAGAAGCCAAAUCACCUCCAGUGUCACCAGAAGGUUCCGCCACAGAGAAUGGUAUGGAUGAUAAAGAGACUGACCAGCUGAACGGAAUGAAAGUAGAAAGCAGGGCUCUCAACAAACCUGAAAGUGCCUUUAGCAGUGACUCCAAGAUGUGCAAUACUAAUCCUCAUUUAAAUGCACUAAACCUAGACAGUGGUUGCCACAGAGACGAAGUUCUUGGCUCCACUGUCUUAAAAACAGAAGAGUAAACCUAUUUUUAUAGAGAAGGUAAAGGAUGAAAGGGGGUAUAGGGUUAGGAAUAUCUGGAAAGAUGGAAAGCCUGCAGUCAAUGUAAAACAUUUUUCCUUUAAGGAAGAGAAAAUGAGGACAAGAAAUUUGAAUCCCUCUUUGAUGUUAGCAAGUAAAACCUGAACAAUGACAAUUUCUUGGUCAAAAUAAGUCUGCCAGUAUGAAAUACUACUAGCAUAAGGAGUAAAUGCAGUCCACUCCCUCAUCACUGAUAUAUACACAUCUCAAUCUGGUUAUGAGAGUGUUUUAUUUCCUUUUCUUGAAAUACAGAAGCCUCAAGAUGCUUUUUAUUUGGCUGUCUUUUAGUUCUUAUAGGUUGAGAUACUCUUCCAGUACUUGGCAUCAUAUAUUUGCCAUUGUAAUUGAUUUUGUGUUGUCACGGUAAAUGCUUUUUGAAAAUUAAACUCACAUGAAAAGAGAGAAGCGCAGAAACACAUUUCUCACAUGGGUCAUCAUUGUGAGUUUUGUGUUGCAAAUAUGCUGAGUUAUUUUAUAAAGUAAGUAACUGUAGUUGAUUAAAUCCUGCAGCAUAAAUUCUAAUGUGCUCACAACAGUUUAUGAUAUACUUAAGCGACAUAAGUAAUAUUUCAAGAAACGGUUAUAAAAUUGCAGAGAUGCAUACAAUCCUGAUGCUCUGUCAAAAUUAGUGAUCAACAUGAUUUCUUGAUUCAGAUGUAGAAAACUAGUACUGCUGUUUCAGCUAAACUGUCUGCAUGGUUCACAAUCUUAAAAGGAGUGUAGUUAUUGCAUGUAGUCCUUUUUCUUCCAUUCUUACCAGUACUGUGCCCAUUGCAAAUUCAAAAGAAUGUCUAAGAAUCAGUAAUAGUCCUUUAAAAGAUGUUAACUGUUUGUCAGUAACUGAUUUGCUCUAACCUUCAGUUUUUGUGAUAUUGACAUUUGUUUCAUUUACUCAAAAAAAAACAACUAAAUUAUCUAGCCACUGUUGAAUAUUGUUAACCCUGGUGUACUCAUUACUAUAUUCAUUGUUCUCUGUUGCUGUUUUUGCAUUCCCAUUAGUAAAGCAUCUUUGGAAAAAUGAAAACCCUCUUAUAAAAAGCUUUAAUCAGAAACGACCCCCUUUUGUUGCUGAAAACAAGUUUGCAAAAUGCUUGACCUUCCCAUUGAGAUUUUAGCAUAAAUAAGUAAUUCUAUAAUCAUUUUGAUGUUUCUUUAGUGUUUUAAAACUUCGUGUACUUCUAAACCAGAAUCAUUACUUAACUUUUCCAUGUAAUUCUCAUGAAGAUUUUCAUCACUCAUUAGUGAUCAGAAAUAUGGUGUAUUCCUCAGUCCCCUGCCCGCAAGAGCUAUAAAUAGGUUACCUUGAUGUAAGUUGAGCGGAGUUACUUUUUAACUCAUUGGUUGUAAAAGAAUGAACUACUGUUGGGUUUGAUGGAUUGUGGUGUGGGUUUUUUUCGAAGGCAAUUGAAUGCAACUUACAAUGCUUAAUAAAAGUAUAUUCUUUUAGUAUAA